CACACACACACACACCAGCGCACAUUAUUUUGUGUUUUUUUUUCUUGUUGCCCAUCCUGUAUGCAUGUAUUGCAGCUGCAGGAAUCUGCAGCCCGAGUCUUCAUGAGCAACCCGCACCAUUCAGAGGUUUCAAGGCAUUCAAGGGUCAGCCGUCUGCCACUAUGGUUAAAUGUCUUGUUUAAUGGUUGAGAGGUGUGGAACUAUCUCAUUGGACAGUCCUGAUCAGAAUGCCCUUUGCGUUCGCAUGCAAGUUCGUCCAGCAUGUUGCCAAGACUGUGGGGUUCCAGAUGUAUAGGUGGGCAGGCCAAUGGAGAUGAACGAGUGAGAGGGCAAGCAGGGCUUCUCUCUGAACGUCGAGGGUCCUACCCAUUCAUUGAUUUUCGCCUACUGAAUACAACUGCACCAUCAGGUGAAAUUGGAACAAAGAAAAAGGUGAAGCGACUAUUGAGCUUUCAGAGGUAUUUCCAUGCUUCUCGGCUGCUACGUGGUAUUGUUCCACAGGCAUCUCUGCACCUACUGGACGAGGACUACCUUGGACAAGCCAGGCAUAUGCUGUCAAAAGUUGGAACGUGGAACUUUGACAUUUUUCUGUUUGACCGUCUGACUAAUGGUAACAGUCUUGUCACCCUAUUAUGUCACCUGUUUAAUCUCCAUGGUCUCAUUCAUCAUUUUCAGCUGGAUAUGGUAAAGUUGCACAGAUUUUUAGUUAUGAUUCAAGAGGAUUAUCACAGCCAAAACCCAUAUCACAAUGCUGUUCACGCUGCUGAUGUAACGCAAGCCAUGCACUGCUAUCUUAAAGAACCCAAGCUGGCCCAUUAUUUGACACCACUCGAUAUUAUGCUUGGUUUGAUGGCGGCUGCUGCACACGACGUUGAUCAUCCAGGAGUCAACCAACCUUUUCUUAUUAAAACCAAACACCAUCUGGCCAGCUUAUACCAGAAUGUCUCUGUGCUGGAAAAUCACCACUGGAGAUCGACAAUUGGAAUGCUUCGAGAAUCUGGGCUGUUGGCUCAUCUGCCUGUUGAAAUGAUACAAGACGUUGAGCAGCAGUUGGGUUCCCUCAUUCUGGCUACGGAUAUUAACCGACAGAAUGAGUUUCUUACGAGAAUGAAAGCUCACUCGGACAAUAGGGAUUUAUCACUAGAGGAUGCAAAUCAUAGACACUUCAUACUGCAGAUUGCACUGAAGUGCGCAGAUAUCUGUAAUCCUUGUCGAGUCUGGGAAAUGAGCAAGCAGUGGAGUGAGAAGGUCUGUGAGGAAUUCUACAGACAAGGUGAUCUAGAGCAUCGGUUGCAUCUUGAAAUUAGCCCACUGUGCAAUCAACAGAAAGACAGCAUUCCCAGCAUACAAAUAGGUUUCAUGAGCUUCAUUGUGGAGCCCUUAUUUGUGGAAUGGUCACGGUUUACUGAAAACACUCCUUUGACCAUAACUAUGAUGAACAAUCUGCGAAAGAAUAAAGGAACGUGGCGAGGACUGCUUCUCAAGCAGCAUAGCAAUAGUGAGGACAAUGCCGCCCAAACAAAUGAGGACAAAAUCAGAACUUCUCUUGAAGUUGAUCACUCAUAAUCUAAAAGAAAUCGUUCCAAAGUGAUAGCGUUGUGUAUUCUUCAUACAGGUCAUUUUCUCCCAUUUCUCAAAAACAAAUACUGGAAUGUGCCAGAAAAUGGACUUAGGAAUUUUUGCCAGAGAAUAGAUUGUUGUAAAAUAAGUGAAGAGCAAGAUUUGAUGGAAAGCGAUACCGAGAUCCUUGACCUGUCUUUUUGGAAAAUGUACUCCACUUAUAAUUAAUUACCUCAGAAACUCUACAACUACAACUGAAGGAGUAAUGGUUGGAACAAAAAAGACUUCACUAGGUUUGGAAACGUUCUCCAGGUGCAAAGCCAAAAUAUGGUUCAAAGGCAUUUAUCUAAAGUUGUACUCCUGGGGUAAGGAAUCAUACGAACUAAGAGUAAUUGUUGAAGGGCAAGGAAGAGAGAAUGAAUUGAAGUCCAAUGUUAAAUACAACUCAGCAUGGAUUGUGGCCUUGGCCAUGACUGGUGAUUGCUGAAGAACGUACUACUUGACUGCCCUGCAUUUGGGCUGCACAACAACCAUUAACCAUUCUUAAAACACCAGCUUGGACUGAACUCAGUGAAUCAGGGUUUUCUGAGUGCGCAUUGAGAACAAAAUGUUUUUUUGAAUGAGAACCAAACUUUUUCAUUUUUGUAUCUUUUGCAUCAGAACGUGGAAUGUGGCAUUCAGAACUGGAUUAGAAACCGACCGGGAUUCUACAUUUUUAAAAGUUUUUCUGUGAAGUUACAGUAAAUGAGGUUAAAAUGUAGAAAUUAAUGUAAAUACGAUCAGCUACAAAUGUACACAGUAACUUGUUUCUUUCUGUCUCGCUUCCGCAAAUGUACACAAAACACUUUAUUCGAGAGAGCAAACAAAAGAUCGGUACCUUUAUAACUCUGUGAUGAAACCAGUUGUUUCACUGUGAGGAAUAAAUACCACUGGUAUUAAAAGAAGCCAAAAAUAGAAACUUAGAACAAAUGUAAAUAGCUAUUUUAAUUGUAAUACACUGGUUUGUUCAUAUAAAGCCUUAACAUGAUGCAUACAUUUGUCACAUUUUUUACUGUUUUUAAUACUUAAGCAUAAACAUCCUUUGUAUUCAGCUCCAAUAUAACUGCCUUCAUCAUUAUCAAUCACAGCAAGCUUUAUCGCCGUUACAAUAAUUUUGCCAAUAAGUGUGUAACCGGGGCACCUUCACACAUGAAGCUUCACAAACAUUCCAUUUUUAAUUUUACACUAUUACAACUUUAUUUUAAAUAAAAGUUCAUAAGUAAAUCAAAGGGAGUAUUCCCCUUCACUACACUCAGAAGUAACAGUUUUUUUUAAUUCUCAGU